AUGGAAGGCGUCAGCAACGCCGACUUCGUGCUGUACGUCGCCUCGGUGCCGAGCGAGCCGGGCGUGCUGGCGUGGGCCACGACCUGCCAGGUGUUCUCGGACGACCAUCCAGCCGUGGGUGUCAUGAACAUCCCUGCAGCGAACAUUGUGUCGCGCUACGACCAGGGCACCACGCGCACCGUGACGCACGAGGUGGCGCACGCCCUCGGCUUCAGCAGCGUGUUUUUCGAGGGCACCGGCAUUGCGAAGAGCGUCACGAAUUUGCGCGGCAAGCCCUUUGCGGCUCCUGUGAUCAACAGCAGCACGGUGGUGGCCAAGGCGCGCGAGCAGUACGGCUGCCCCACCUUGGAGUAUCUGGAGGUGGAGGACCAGGGCGGCUCCGGCUCUGCUGGCUCGCAUCUUAAGGGGCGCAACGCCAAGGACGAGCUCAUGGCGCCUGCCUCGGCUGCAGGGUACUACACUAACCUGACCAUGGCCGUCUUCGAGGACCUCGGCUUCUACAAGGCGGACUUCACCAAGGCCGAGGUGAUGCCGUGGGGCCGGAACGCCAGCUGCGACUUCCUCACCAAGAAGUGCAUGGAGGACAACAUCACGCAGUGGCCGGAGAUGUUCUGCAACACCACUGACGAGAACGCCUUGCGGUGCACCACCGACCGGCUGAGGCUGGGGACGUGCGGUAUACGCACCUAUAGCACCCCGAUGCCGACGUACUUCCAGUACUUCACCAAUGCCUUUCUCGGCGGGUUCUCAGAAUUCCUGGACUACUGCCCGUUCAUCGUGGGCUACAGCAAUGGUGCUUGCAAUCAGGACCCAUCGACGGCAUCGCCUGCUUUAAUGGAGUUCAACGUCUUCUCCGACGCGGCGCGCUGCUUGGAUGGGGCCUUCCGGCCGACGACCACCCGCGAGUACGUGACGUACGCCGGCAUGUGCGCGAACGUGAUGUGCGACACGGCGGCGCGCACGUACAGCGUCCAGGUGCGCGGCAGCAGCGACUACGUCGCAUGCACGCCGGGCGAGAGUGUUGACCUGGCCACCUUGAGCGCCGCCUUCGUGGAAGGCACCUACAUCACGUGCCCGCUGUACGUGGAGGUGUGCCAGGCCAACAUCAAGGGAGUCAUAGACUUCGAGAGAGACGCUGCCGACACAGCGGCGGUGUGA